AUGCCGCCCCGAACGAGAGCGGGGGUUCAAAGCCAGAAACAAAAGGAAAAGCUUGCGAGCUCCUACAAUGAACUUCUCGAGGAGUUCUCGUCCAAAGAUCUCCGGAGUGUGGGCAAUUAUACGCUAGGGAGGCUCAUUGGAAAGGGGUCCUUUGGCAAGGUCUAUCUCGCGUCACACAAGCUCACCAAUGGCUCAAAGGUUGUGUUGAAGUCCUCCAGCAAGGAGGACACAAACCUCGUGCGAGAGAUCCAUCACCAUCGCCAAUUCCUCCAUCCCCAUAUUGCGCGUCUUUACGAAGUGGUGGUGACCGAGAGCCUGGUCUGGCUAGUUUUGGAAUAUUGUCCUGGUGACGAACUCUACAACUACCUCCUUCGCCACGGCCCCUUACCGGUAGAGAAAGUAAAGCGGAUCUUUACACAGUUGGUUGGAGCAGUUGCGUAUGUCCACAGCAAGUCCUGUGUUCAUCGAGAUCUCAAGUUGGAGAACAUCCUUUUGGACAAGCAAGAAAAUGUGAAGCUAUGCGAUUUUGGAUUCACGCGCGAAUACGAAGGAAAGGCAAGCUAUUUGCAGACCUUCUGUGGGACGAUAUGCUACAGUGCACCCGAAAUGCUGAAGGGAGAGAAAUAUGCCGGAGAGAAGGUGGAUGUCUGGAGUUUGGGAAUCAUCCUCUAUGCGUUGCUUGCUGGCGAGCUGCCAUAUGAUGAUGACGACGACCAGGUCACAAAACGGCGGAUUCUGGCUGUUGAGCCCACUUACAAUGACAAGUUUCCAGAUGAUGCCAAGGCAUUGAUCAACCUAUUGCUAUCGAAACGACCAUUGAUCCGGCCAAGUCUAGAUGAGAUUCUGGCGCAUCCUUUUCUCGCUGAACAUGCCCCUGAGCAGCUUGCCAUACUGAAGAUUCCAAGGCCUUCGCCGUUCACCACACCGCUAGAGAAAACUACCCUGCAACGGAUGAAGAGUGCAGGUGUCAACAUCGACGAAGUGAUUGAGAAUGUUCUGGCUCAGCGAUGUGAUCCUCUGGCUGGAUGGUGGGCGUUGCUGAUCGAAAAAGAGCAACGAAAGGAACAGAAGAGGGAGCGCAAGCGUCGAGAGCGGGAGGUUGAGGCUAAGAAUAUGCGCCGUCUUAGCGCUGCUAGCAGUCGUCUGGAGAAGCGGUCAUCGGCUUUGAUGGAGGUCGAAGAGGAAGGUCAGGCAAACUUGGGAUUGCAUGAACGUGGAAGACGGGAUAGACGAAGCUUACCAUCGCAACUGGCAGUUCCGGAACUUCCUGCGCUUCCUGAACCGCUGCCGGUGUUUCCAUCCGAGGCGACUACACCACCGUUGCCCAUCGAUAAAGAUUCCAUUCGAUCCAACGACUCGUCACGACGCCGCCCAAUUCCCCCGCCCAAAGACCGACGUCGAUCGAGGCCUAGCAUGCUGCAUGUGAGUGCAUCGCAACCCGAGUUGACACAGCACCACGGUAUCUUCCGACGUCGUACCAGUCGCCGCCAUCAAUAUCCGAUACUCAGCCAGCUGGCCUCCCUCAAGCACUGGUUCGUGGAAUCAGCAAAACGAGCACGCUCUCCGCAUUCUAAGUCAAGCACUUCUCGCAAAAUGUUUUCUGAAAAGUCGAGUCCGGCCAAGAGUCAGGACACAGGAAAAAAGCCGUCGACUUUGUCGUCUCCGACAAGUGAAAUGCCAGGGGAGGACGUAGUGACACCAACUCAGGCCAAACGAAUCUCCGCUGCCAGCAGUCUCGCUCCCAGCAGUGCUUCAUAUCGCCAAAAUCGACACUCCUACCCUCGCCAGCCGCGUUCAUUGAACACAGGUCACUCCGGCCAUCGCAAUUCUCUUUCGCCCUCGCCCAUCACCCCACGUGGCUCCUAUCGACGUUCAUCAGCCGGGCUACGAGGACGCAAAUCCACGUCGUCCUCGGUCUCUUCAAUUCGCAGCAUUCACCACACUCGCGCCCACUCCAAAGCAUCUUCGAUUUCUUCUAAUAGCGUGGACACCAUAUCAACACCAACUGCGAGAGCCUCAAAAUCACCCCACUCAUCUAUCAAGGUCUUGCCUACCACACCAGGUGCAUCUGCUCGUUUCCCAAGCAACAUUCGUUUGGUUAGAGGACCAGGUGGAGCACCCCGAGAACUGGCCGAUCACGGCAUGCCCUCCGCGUUCAAUGAGGUGGCUCCAUCACCAUUGUUGUACUCGCCAUCAUCAAGCUUGGUUUUUGCGCGACGCAAGAGAUCUGCAUUCAAGGGUCCUAUGAUCCACACAAGUAAUUUGAUGGGCAGCGGUGGGAUGGCUGGUUCACCUGUUCACGUCAACACCAGCGAGUCUAGUAUCCCAGCAGGUCGACCUGUGGCACGCAAAAGCCAAAUCAUUGAAGAAGAGGAAGACAUGGGCGGAAUCGAAGAAGACGAAGAAGGAGAGGGUGAUGGAUUUGUCACUGAUCCUGGCACACCAGGCGAUAUGACCAAUCCCUACGACCAUCUUGAAAACACCACCCCGAGAGUCUCGAUCGACCAAGAGGCUGGAUCUUUCUCGGGUGAAAAAACGCCCAUUGCCCCUACGCCGGGUCUUGAAAACAGCCCACUUCGGCCUCCUCGCUCUUCUUCUCUGCUCUCACCGAGUGACAUCCCAGAGGACAAGAUUGGGACAGCCGAAUGA